AACAUGAAUGCGAGUGAAUGAAUGAGCAAAUGGCUUCCGUAAAAUUCAAAUAAACAAAUUCUACCACUGAGAGGAGAGGGAGCAACCGCCAGCUCCGCCGCAACUGCCAGCCAUCCAACCACUUGGACGAAGACCCUUUUUGUCUUCCUCCGCAGGCCCCAGCUGCCUCUUUCUAAAGAAAGGAAAUAACCCCUCUCUCCUUUUCCGCUCCCAGUCUUCAUUUCCCCCCGUUUCACAGUCUAUCAAGACCAAAAAAAGGUUUCUUCAAGAGCCUAUAAGUUCGAAGAUAUUUGUAUUUGGCAGUUGCUUGUUUGUGCCGUUAACUCAACCAAAUCGAUUUCCCCCAAUACUCCAUUUUUGCUUGGGUUGACGUUUCGGAGGUUCUGGGUUUUGGGCGGCUAGUCGAGGCGAGGGCAGGCUCGCCAAUGGAGAUUGCAUUCGAGUCCUCAAUUCUGGGCCGACCCGUGUCCGUUUCAGGGACAAAGGUCUCAUCUUUGCUGCGUUACAAUCGGAUUUCAAAGCUACCGUGCAAUGUCUCUCGCAAGAAUUAUCACUACCCGACUCCGCUUUCCUCAAAUUUUGUGAAGCCGUGCAGUUGCGGAACUGCUCUGAGUAAUUCAAUUGUCCAGAGAACCCGCGUGUUUGAUAGAGUGAUAGCUAGUUCGAGUUUGCUAGGGAAAAAUGGUGGAGACAGGGUUACCGAAGGUAAUGUUGCCCCGGAUGUGAACUUGGAAACGAUCAUGGUGCUCUUGAAAAGGGGUGUUGUUUUGGGCGCAAUGGUCUGUGGGAUAGUGAUGUUUGGAUACAAACGGGUGUUUGCGGCUGAAGGAGUGGCGAAUCCGGGCUAUGGAGUUAGUGGGCAAAAUAUUUUGUUGCUGAGGAACUCUUGGCCUAGGCUGCAGAUGCUCCUUACUGUUAUCAAAGAGCAGGGUUUGAUAUUGGCUGCACUUUUGGGUUUAUCUGCAUUUUUCUCUAUGGCUGAGACUUCCAUAACCACGCUGUGGCCAUGGAAGGUACGUGAACUGGCAGAAAAAGAGACCGAUGAUGGCGGUGUCUUCAAACUGCUUCGCAAAGAUGUCACUCGUUUUCUGACCACUAUUCUUAUAGGCACAACUGUUGUCAAUAUUGCGGCCACUGCACUGGUCACUGAGGCAGCCACAACGAUAUUUGGCGAAGCUGGUGUCAGCGCGGCCACUGGAGUGAUGACUGUGGCUAUAUUGCUGCUCACUGAGAUUACUCCCAAGAGUAUAGCCGUUCAUAAUGCCACAGAGGUUGUUAGGUUUGUGGUCAGGCCAGUGGCUUGGCUUUCACUGAUUCUCUAUCCUGUGGGCAGAGUUGUCACUUACUUGUCAAUGGGAAUGCUGAAAAUGCUUGGUUUGAAAGGGAUAAGCGAACCAUAUGUGACUGAGGAUGAGCUAAAGCUGAUGCUGCGAGGUGCAGAACUAAGUGGAGCAAUAGAGGAGGAAGAGCAGGAUAUGAUUGAGAAUGUGCUGGAGAUUAAAGAUACACAUGUAAGAGAAGUGAUGACGCCUCUUGUUGAUGUUGUUGCAAUUGAUGCAAGUGCAACACUCAUUGAUUUUCAUGAAAUGUGGGUGACACAUCAAUAUUCAAGGGUACCUGUUUUUGAACAGCGUGUGGACAACAUUGUGGGUAUUGCCUAUGCAAUGGAUCUGCUGGAUUAUGUGCAGAAGGUUGGGCAGUAUCUGCUUCCUGUCACCCCCUUUUCAAAGUUGCUGUAGUCUGUUUAUUGAUCAUGAAAAAAUCUCAUAACCUGCAGAAUGAUCAUCUGUUUAAUUUUGAAGGGUGAGCUACUAGAAAGCACCAUCGUGGGGGACAUGGCUCACAAACCUGCAUAUUUUGUACCAGAUUCAAUGUCCGUCUGGAAUCUUCUCAGAGAAUUCCGGAUCAGGAAGGUUCACAUGGCUGUUGUCCUUAAUGAAUAUGGCGGUACUGUUGGAUUGGUAACCCUUGAAGAUGUUGUUGAAGAGAUUGUUGGUGAGAUCUUUGAUGAAAAUGAUUCAAAGGAGGAGAUACAGAAGAAAACUGGAUAUAUAGUAAUGCGAGCAGAGGGAGUGUACGAUGUUGAUGCCAAUACAUCAAUUGAUCAACUCUCUGAAGAUCUAAACAUCAAAAUGUCAGAGGGUCAUCAGUAUGAGACAGUAUCAGGUUUUAUAUGUGAAGCAUUUGGAUACAUCCCAAGGACAGGUGAGAGCAUCAAAGUGGUUCUUGACAAGUCGAAUGAAGAAGAUGAGGAUACGGAGGGCAAGUCUGAAAGAGAACUGAAUGAGAAGCAUCUAAUAUACAAGCUUGAGAUAUUAGCUGGAAAUGCGCGAAAAGUCGGUGCAGUUCGGUUUGAAAGGAUACACAAUAGCGAGGAGGCUGUGGAGGCCAAAGAAGUAGGUCGCAUGAUUCCAAAGUUCAAGAAGAGGAAGUGGAGCAGCAGCGGAGAAGAGUCUGAUUACGAGGAGGAUUCGUUACAAGUGAGACCUGUGCAUGCUCUUUCCGAUUCCAAUGUAGUGGCUGAACGUGAAGAAGAAGAAGAAGAAGAAGAAGAUGAUCAUGCUGAGAAUCCCAGUAGACAUUAGAAAUUAGAUAACUAUCCUCUCUUUCUGCCCCCUCCAUGUUUCUUAUAUUUCUUGGGGUUGAGGUUUCUUUUUUGUGCGCUGGUUUUUACAGUUCCCAGUGAAAAAGGCCACUAAAGAAAAACACACUUUAGAAACACCAGCAGCAGGAAACAAAGACAAAUGCUGAGGAACUCUAAUUGUAAAAAAAAAAAAAAAAGUUUCAGAGAUGAAGAGAGGUAUCAACUUCUGAUUCAUCAAAGUAGUUGUAUUGAGUUUGCAUCAUCAGGAGAUUUGCAGAGCGCAGAUUUGCCAAAUCUGGGAUCUCUCUGACUUGAAGAUCAAAGUGACAUUGUCCAUUCAUUGGUUUCUGAGAUGAAAUCAAUAGCUGCUGCUUAGAUGGAAAGAGAAGCUCAGGGUGAGAAAAGUUGUUUUGUGGCUCGUAAACAACCGUGGCGGUGGCUACUGGUUUCACCUGCUGCUCUGCUUCAGCGAAGAACCGGAAGAGCUCACGUUGUUGCCUCAUCUCCCUGGCUCGCUCUAGCUGCCGGAACCUUUCCUGGAGCAAGGCAAUGGAAGAAGAGUGCAUGAUUGUUGCAGUGGGUUCAUAGCUCUGCUGCCUGUCCAUUGAAUGAACUGUGAUAUGGGUUUGGUGCAAGAAUUGAUUGAUUGAUUGAUGGCAGAAACAAAGGUUGGAAGGAAGGAGGCAAGUUAUGUUUGCAAUGCUUGGCUUGUGAAAUACUGAAAUAGCCAUGUUUGUUACUAUAUAUAGGGCAUGACAGGGUGAUAAUUGGGUUUGAUCAGUGGUGGUGUUGGAUUCUGAAUGACGUAUGAGAGAGGUGGAGGGGAAAAGCAGAUUCGGCAGCCGAGUCACUAAGUCCAAAGAGGAAAAGCCAUGGAUGAAUGUGGCUAACCUCAAAGAAAGGAAGAAAGAAAGGAAGAGGGAAGCCAGCAAAGUUUGGUGGAUGCGGGAAAGUGGCAGAUGGACUUUCUUUCUUUCAUUGCUUGAAUUACAAGGUAAAAAAAUAAAAAUAAGAAGCAGUCCAAGGAAAGGAAUAAUGGAAUGUAGCAGUUGGAAGGGCAUUAGGAGUGGGAAUCAAAAGGGUAUGUUGGGCGAGUUCUACUGUCGGCUUUUGUGUCCACAAGAUAGAGGUGCCUCCCCUCGUUUCUUGGGGUCUCUCUUCUUUUCAUCCCUCUUGUAGUUCAUUUUUAGUUUUUUUUUUACAGCAAGAAGUAAAAAUAUUUACUGUUUUCACUUUAGCUAUGCAAAACUCUCUCUUUUGCGACUCUUAUUAGUGGGAGGGUCUGGCUACUAAGAGGAACUUGUGAGACCUCGUUGGAACAUUCGUUCGGUUAUUUCUUUCUCUUUUAAGCGAUGGAUGUCCUCUCUCUCGAGAAUGUGACAGAAAU